CGAUUUAAUGCGCUUUCCAUUGAAUAACCGAAAAAAAGAUAAAAUAAAAAGAGAGAUGACAAAGUUUACGACGGUAGUGCCACUCUCUGUUCUUCUCUUUCUCUUAAUCCUCUGCAAUGAGUCGUGGGCUAAGUCAAAGCCUGAGAAGCCGGAAGAAAACGACGUCGCUGCUGUACCGUCAUGUUGUGGGUUUUCGUCGCCUCUUCUGAUAAAGAAAGAUCAAUGGAAACCAAUCUUCGCGACCAAGUUUGGACAGAUCUCAACCGUUCAAAUCGGAGAUGGAUGCGGAGGAAUGGGGCCUUACAAAAUACAUUCGAUAACUCUGGAGCCAAACGCUCUUUUGCUCCCUAUUCUUCUUCAUUCCGACAUGGUCUUCUUUGUCGACUCUGGAAGUGGGAUACUAAAUUGGGUCGAGGCGGAAGCGACGAGUUCCGAGAUAAGACGAGGGGACGUCUACAGGCUACGUCCCGGUACGGUUUUCUACUUACAGAGCAAACCGGUGGAUAUCUUUCUUGGAACCAAACUUAGGAUUUACGCACUCUUCUCCAAUGCCGAGGAGUGUUUACAUGAUCCUUGCUUUGGUGCGUAUUCCAGUAUCACAGAUCUCCUGUUUGGUUUCGAUGAGACAAUUCUCCAGUCAGCUUUUGGGGUUCCUGAGGAGAUUAUUGGGCUGAUGAGGAACCGUACACAGCCGCCAUUGAUCGUGCAUGAUAUGCUGAGCACACCUGGUGAGGCCAACACCAACACGUGGCAGCUCCAACCGCGAUUACUCAAACUCUUUGCCGGAUCCGGAGAUGUGAGUGAAGACUCGGUGAUGGGACCAGCAGAGAACAAGAAGAAGGAGAAGAAGAAGAAGCCAAAGAAGGCAAAGACAUUCAAUGUUUUCGAAUCCGAACCGGAUUUUAUGAGCCCCAACGGUCGUACUAUAACGAUUAACAGGAGGGAUCUAAAAGUGUUACAAGGCUCAAUGGUUGGAGUUUCCAUGGUGAAUCUCACUCAAGGAUCGAUGAUGGGACCCCAUUGGAACCCGUGGGCCUGCGAGAUUUCGGUUGUGGUGAAAGGUUCAGGAAUGGUUCGGGUGCUUAGGUCUUCGAUUUCAAGAUCAUCAUCGGGAUGUAAAAACAUGAGGUUUCCGGUAGAGGAAGGAGACAUUUUCGCGGUUCCACGGUUACAUCCAAUGGCUCAAAUGUCUUUCAGCAACGAGUCGUUGGUGUUCGUUGGGUUUACUACUUCGGCUAAGAAUAACGAGCCGCAGUUCUUAGCUGGGAAGACCUCGGCUCUGCGGUUACUUGACCAUGAGGUACUGGCCGCGUCAUUUAACGUGAGUAAUGUGAUGAUUGAUGGAUUGUUGGGAGCUCAGAAGGAAGCGGUUGUGUUGGGAUGUCCUUCUUGUGCGGAAGGAGAGUUGGAGAAGCUUAAGGUGGAGACGGAGACGAAGAAGAGAGAUGAUGAAAGGAAGAAAGAAGAAGAAGAGGCGAAGAAGGAGGAGGAAGAGAGGAGGAAGCGAGAAGAAGAAGAAGAGAAGAAGCCGCCUCAGCCUCAGCCUCAACCUCAGCCUCAGCCUGAGCCUCAACAACCACCGUUCCAACCGCAACCACCACAAAAACCACAACCAUCGAUGAGAGAUGAUGAGAGGAAGAGAGAACAAGAAGAGGCUAAGAAGGAAGAGGAAGAGAGGUGGAAACAAGAAGAAGAAGAAGAGAAGAAGUGGUCGCCUACUCAGCUUCAGUGGCAAGCCUAAGAAGGAGGAGAGAACGUCGAAAGAAAGCUUUAAGUAAAGAGUGUUUGCGUUGUUGUUGAUGGUCGAACGGUUGGUAUGGUGUCUCUUGUUUUGCUUUCUUGUUUUUAAUUGCUAAUGUUUGUUGUGUUGCUUUCUUCUUUUGUUUCUUUGUUCAUGUUUGUAUUGUAUUAUUAUGUUUUGUUUUGUUUAAAUGUUUGUAGAUGCGGAACGUGAAAUAAUUUAAAGAUUUCCGAAGUUCAGAGCAAAUGUUUGCUAUGUUUGUUUUGUUACCACAAUAUCUUUAAG